AUGUCGCAACAGCGGAUGGCGCUUUGGGCAGCAGAGGCUGACAUUGAUGAAGACGUUGACCUCUCUCUCGCCAUCGGAAACUAUGGCCAGAACGAUCACUACGAGGAUGCGCCCAUUCCCCAACCCCAAAUCGACGAAUCGACUUUACUUGCGAUGCAACAACACAUGGCCCAACAAGCUGCCUUUGCCCAGAUUCCUGAUGUCGUGAAAGGCUUCAUCGUGCACUUCCACCAAGCCGUCUUGGACAAUAAUCUUGCUGAAAUUACGGUCGCGUACGAGAGCGGUUGGAAUAAGUACACCGAAAAGUUCUACGCCAGGACUGAAUGGCCUGAGGCUGAAGUCAUUGCACCCCUUGUUAACGAUGACCCUAUUUUCCUGAUUCUCUAUAGGGAACUCUACUAUCGUCACGUUUAUUCCAGGUUGCAACCCAACAUCGACGAUCGAUUCCACUCGUACGAAAACAGCUGCGAACUGUUCAACUAUCUCCUCAACUCUGAUGGCCCCGUCCAACUUGAACUUCCCGAGCAGUGGUUGUGGGAUAUCAUUGACGAAUUCAUUUACCAGUAUCAAGUAUUCUGCACUUGGAGAUCCAAGCCCAAGUCGAAGACGGAUGAUGAGCUCGCGAUGUUAGCUGAAGCCGGACCGGUCUGGAGCUCCUACAGUGUCCUCAACGUUCUCUACUCUUUGAUGCAGAAAUCAAGAAUCAAUGAAUACAUCGUCGCGCAGAGAGAGGGAAAAUCACCCGAGGAAAUUGCUGAAAUCGUUGGAGAAUAUGGGCAGCGUCCCCUCUAUCGCAUGCUCGGCUACUUCAGCAUUAUCGGUUUGCUCCGUGUCCAUGUCCUCCUCGGAGACUUCACUCUCGCCCUCAAGGUCAUGGAUAACAUCGAACUCAACCAGAAGUCUCCCUUCACUCGUGUCACUGCGUGUCAUGUCACUACCUACUACUACGUUGGCUUCUGCUACAUCAUGCUUCGAAGAUACCCAGAUGCCAUCCGCACCUUCGUCACGAUUCUCAACUUUAUCAUGCGCAUGAAGCAGUACCACACUCGCAGCUAUCAGUACGACCAGAUCAGCAAGACCGCCGACCGCAUGUAUGCCCUCUUCGCGAUCUGUCACGCUCUCUCUCCGAGCCGCCUCGACGAUAACAUCGCUAACAUCGCAAAGGAGAGGUUCAACGAGCAAUACGCGAAGAUGUCGCGAGGCGGCCAGGACGCGCUUGCCGCCUUCGAGGAGCUUUUCUUGUAUGCUUGCCCCAAGUUCAUCGCCGCGAACUCGCCUCCGUAUGAGGACCCCGCCGCUCUCCAAACACUCCUCUCCCCUUCCUCCCCCAGCGACUCAACCACCGACGUCUCCGCUGCUCCUCAGCUCGACGCGACCCACCGCCACCUCUCCUUGUUCCUCGCCGAUGUUGCUGCCCAGUCGCCCGUCCCCACCCUGCGCAGCUUCCUCAAGCUGUACACCAGCCUUGGCGCGAAGAAGCUGGCCAACUUCUUGGAUGAGGAUGAGGAGGAGAUGGUGCAGGAGAUGAUGGUCGUGAAACAGGCUAGCAGGAGCUUGAGCCGCGUCCCUGGCACCGAAGGCACUGGCUUGCUUGAGGGUCAGACCAUCACCACUAGCGAUUUGAACUUUGUCAUCGACGAGAACAUGGUCCAUAUCGCAGAAUCCACUGUUGGGCGCCGCUAUGCCGGCUGGUUCAUCAAGAACACCGAGAGGACGCAAAAGAUUUUGGACGACCUCAAACACGCUCCUCUACCUGCCCCCAAGAGACCCUCACAACAACAACCUGCUGCAGAGGCGCAGCAACAAAAGCCAGCGGGUAAGACUGGCCAAAAGGUUGCCUGGGGAGGCGUGAAGGCAUAG